AUGAUGUUCAUGGUACUAGCUCUCUGCGUGUACGCUGUAAGUGGUGCCACCAUCGGUAACACCGCUUUCAAUCCACGCCGAACUCCUGAUGUUGUAAGAACUACACAAACUGGAGGUUAUGGCAAAGCAACAGCUCAAGUUACUGUGCCAGCCACUCAAGUUUUUCAAGAAACAGUCAAUCCAGCCAUUAAGGUAGCCAAAGCUGGCGAGCAACCCGUUCAACAGGUCGCCAAAUUGACUAUUCCUAUAGUGCAACAGGCCAAAUUCUCCGGUCCAGUUAUUCAGUUCCGUGUUGCUACAAACGCUAGGCAGUCUGGCAACAAAACUACUAACGUACCAGACAUUAAGGCUGAAACGCUGCAAUCAGAAAACAAAGUUUUCCAUAAUAGCUUCCAAUAUUCUUAUGAGACCUCUAAUGGCAUCUCUGCCGCAUCCAAUGGCGAAUUGAGAAAAGUUGACAACGCUGACUCUCUAAUUGUAAGAGGUAACUACCAGUACGUGUCCCGUGAAGGUGUCCCCAUCACCGUAACCUACGUCGCUGAUGAGAAUGGAUACCAGCCACAGACAGGAUAUUUAUUGGAGUCAGAUUAA